CCCAGAGGGAGGGAAAAAGGCACUCCCGUCCAAGUUCUUAUUUGCAUCACUCCCGAGAGAGACAUUUCCCAGCUGAAGCUGUGUGGAAUUUACCGCUUUCGUGCUUCCAUCAAAUGUAUGAGGGGACACAGAUAGUGCACACGCCCUCCUGCUGACUUUGUGCUCUGCAGUACUGGAGGAUAUGCUGUUUUGCCUGGAUGUGCAAGGAUAGCUUUGUUUUCUGCUUGUAGCUGGAAUUAAGCAUCAUGGAAUAGCACGUUUUUGUGCAGCAGGAGAAGCCAGAAGACCAUCAACAUAUAUUCUUCAUCCAUAGAUUGAAGGUGACAAGUUUCCUCUUGUAAUGAAUAGGACCAUCUAUCUCCUAUAGACAGGCUAAACAGCCUCAAAGACUUAACAAAUCUCCAGAUCCUUCGAAAAAUACUUUUCAAAGUAAUUUAGUAACUGCCUCUUCAGCUACCAAAUGGGGUAACUCUCACUUGACACAGCUUUGUGACAUCUCUGCGCUCCUUACGUGACGUGGAUGGUCAUGGUCAAGUUUGGUUUUGAGCCGACAACCCACUGCGCUUCAUGAAGAGGUUUGGCAGCCUGAGGAGGAGCAAGAAAAGGAAGGAGCAAGAUGGGCUAGGAGGGAGGCAUCAGUCCGAGGCAUCGUGUCUGUCUGCCUCAGGACUCUCUACACCACCCACCACCCCAACCCAGUCGUCCAGCCAACCUGUGUUCACCCAGGAGGCCCAGCCGGCCAGGCCCAGCCCUGAAUGCCUGGAGACGAGCUCCCGAUCCCGCUCGCUUUCCACACCUCCAGACACGGGACAGCGCCUCAGCCUUCCCUCUGCUAAACCCCCGAUCCCUUCCUCGAGCCCCGUGCCAUCUUACUCUACCUCACAUCAAGUCUACGGAUUAUUCGAAGGCAUGCUGGAGAAACUUGAACUAGAUGAUGAUGCUGCUGAACCUGAGAGUGAUAUUUACAUGCGCUUUAUGAAAUCCCACAAAUGCUACGACAUCGUCCCCACGAGCUCCAAGCUGGUUGUGUUUGACACGGCGCUCCAAGUUAAGAAAGCGUUCUUUGCCUUGGUAGCCAACGGUGUGCGAGCUGCUCCACUAUGGGACACAGAGAAGCAAAUGUUUGUGGGAAUGCUGACAAUCACAGAUUUCAUCAUCAUACUGCACAGAUACUAUAAGUCACCGAUGGUGCAAAUUUACGAACUAGAGGAACAUAAGCUCGAGACGUGGAGAGAGGUUUACCUUCCAUCCACAUUCAAACCUUUGGUCAACAUAUCGCCUGAUGCGAGCCUGUUUGAUGCAGUGUACACCCUCAUCAAAAACAAAAUUCACCGCCUGCCUGUCAUCGACCCCGUCACGGGGAACGCACUUUAUAUUCUCACACACAAGAGGAUCCUCAAGUUCCUCCAGCUUUUUAUGUGUGAAAUGCCAAAGCCAGCUUUCAUGAAGCAGACUCUCGGGGAGCUCGGCAUUGGCACGUACCACGACAUCGCUUUCAUCCACCCGGACACACCCAUCAUCAAAGCACUCAACAUCUUUGUGGAGAGACGAGUGUCUGCCCUGCCUGUGGUGGAUGAGUCUGGCAAAGUUGUGGAUAUUUACUCCAAGUUUGACGUGAUUAACUUGGCUGCUGAGAAGACGUACAACAACCUGGACAUCACGGUGACGCAGGCUCUGAAACAUCGCUCUCAGUACUUCGAAGGAGUCAUGAAGUGCCACAAAAUGGAGACGAUGGAGACCAUUGUGGACAGAAUAGUCAAAGCUGAAGUGCAUCGGUUGGUGGUGGUGGAUGAGCGCUCCAGCAUAGAGGGCAUCGUCUCCCUGUCGGAUAUCCUCCAGGCUUUGGUGCUCAGCCCUGCAGACGCCUGCAAGGAGGAGAACCUGCCUGAGUGAGACGAGGUGAAGAGGAGACACGGUUCGGAGUAAAUAAGUUUGAAGGUUGAGGUUCGGGAGCGCAAAAAGGCUGAGCCGAGUCAGUCUGAAGGUCCCAGAGACGCCUGCAAGUGAUGCACUGUAGAGGCUUAGAAACCAAAGAGCUAGACAGCUGAAUGAAGUGGAGUUCCUGCACUGAGGAUUGAUUUUUCUGAUUUUUCUUUUUUGUUUGUUUGAACACUGAUCAGAUAAAAACAAAACACACACAACAUACUGUAUUUGUACACACACACACACACACACACACACACUCAAACACACAGAAGAUGCAUCAUGGUCACCAGCCGGGGAGAGAUGGAAGGGGAACGUGGAGGACUGAUGAGUUAAGGUUCCCGUGUAGUUCUGAUCAUGAUGCUGUCAUCAGUCGAUUCUUUUAGUCGCAAUUUUGUCGUUGAUACUGAAUGCGAUCAACUCCAGGAAAGCUCUUGUUCUGCUCAGUAUCUGACGUAGAAACGGUGUACUUUCACAGAUGCAACGUAAGGUGAAGCAAAACUACACGUAACCUACAAUGUGGCCAUUUUUAUGACUGUCAUUUAAAAGAAAAAGUGCCAACAGGGAGGGAUCAAUGCCCAAUCAUUACUUGUGCCUUUUGUUUUCCCUCAGACUGACAGUAUUUGUGGCAUUUGACAUCAAUUGUCAAACGAAAAAGGACAACUUUUUGGGAGGGGGAUGUUUUUUUUAAAUAUGAAUGUGUAAUUAACAAGAAGUCCGGCCAUUUCUUCCUUCUACUUAAAAUUUGGUUGAUUUUAAAUCUCAAGAAUUUAUCUCAAAUUCUAAAUAAGUUAGCACAAACACCUGCAGCGGUCGAAGGGAAACGCGAUGAGAACACAUGAAUAAAUGGAUUCUGUCAGCCGAUAACUACGAGCGAGUCCCUCUCACUCAUUUUACAUCAGUCGGGAUUUAGAGUCAUUUGCAACUUAAGGAUUAUUUUUCUAACGGUAUUAGACAAAACAAAAAAAAUUGUCUUUUUAUACGUUUAAAAAAACGCUUUCUUUUCAACAUUUCUUUUCAGUUUUGACGCUUCAGAUAACCUGAUACACACCGCAGACGUGCAGAUCAGCUCUCAGCUGUGGCUUCGACAGGACUCAUCUCCAUCUUUGACUGUAAAUAGGAUCGUUUUUUGGGGGGAAAACGCGUCACAUAAAGCUUUAUUUUUAUGAAUGUGUCAACAUGUUUAAAAAGAGAGACUGCAGUUUUAACGUUAUUUUUGUAAAUAUCUUUGUGGCAAUAUGUCCGGUUCAAAGAGACUUUGUAUCUGAUCAACAUGUACUGUAAAUGUGCAAGCAUGAGAAAAACUACACUUCAGCAGUAUGAAUGUUCUUUUGUUUUACUUUUUUUCUAUUUUUCUGGCUGCGGAAAAAUAAAUGGACACUGAAUGUACCUUAAA